AUGGGUAUGGCCCGUCUUGGGUUUGGACAGAUUGGCGGCGGCCCGAAGCCUGCUGCAACUGCCAAGAAGAUGGGCGGCUUUGGCUCAGUUGGUCCUAUCAAGGCCAAGGAAGAAGACGACAGCGAGCGCUACGCGCGCCAAAAGUUCGGCGCCCAGAAGGGCAUCUCCUCCGACGAGUUCUUCGGCAAAGGCAGCUUCGACCCCGCCGCACAAACCGAGGCCAAGGCGCGGCUCCAAGGCUUCGAGGGCGCCAGCUCCAUCUCCUCGAACGCUUAUUUCGGGCGCAAGGAGGAUGAUGGGGGAGAAGAGGACUAUGGCGAUCUUGAGAGCGCGGCGAAGGACUUUGUGAGGAAGUUUGGGGUCACGGCAGGGGAUGAUCUGGAGAACUUGACGCAGGUGCUUGGGGAGGGGGCGACGAAGUUGGGAGGGGCGGUGAGGGCGUAUUUGAAUAGUUAG